GAUUCUUAGAAGGGAAGAAAAUAACAAAUUGGAAAAGGUAGAGAAGAGAGGUAACAUUGCCUUCUUUUCAGCAAAUCGACCACCGGUGCCGCUUGACAUAUUCUCUUGCACAAUAUCACCUACAUCGAGCCGAGAUGAACUUCGCAUGACUGAUGGGAAAUCCUACAAUUACAAUGGCACUGAGAUCCCACCUGAAGCCCUUUUGAAACUUUUCAUGCACACAAGUUUGGCUGGCUAUAGCAACAAGGCUGAUAUAGAUUCAGGUAAUAUCACAGGCAUGAUUUUUGUUUCCGAACGAGACAACCUUGAAUUGCUUCACAUAGCUCUCCGUCACAAUUCCGUCAACCGACCCAGCUGCGUGGCGGUCUACAGCUUAGGCUUCGUUUUAAGAAGAUUCCACGCUGAAUCUCCAUUUGAAGAUGGUCAAACCCUGGAAAGGGUCCACUUCAAACAUCCAUCUGAAGAUGGUGUUCGCCUGGAAGACAGCGGUUGCUUUGCCGGCGAUUAUCUCAUCUAUGUCAGCACCAAGGAACGAGCAACUGAACACCGUCAGCCUUGGACUGCUGUUUAUAAAACCAAUCUUACGACCGGAAAAACUGACCGCCUCACACCACGAGAGCAUGCUGAUUUAAGCCCCUCGGUAUCCCCUUCUGGAAAGAAGAUAGCUGUGGCGUCAUUUGAGGGAACAGGAGGUUGGGAUGGUGCAAUCGAAGACCAAAAGACGAACAUUUACGUCAUGAAUGUAGAAGAGCCUUACGAUCGUAGGUUGGUUGUGGAAAAUGGGGGUUGGCCGACUUGGGGAAGUGAUGAUAUUAUAUUCUUCCACCGCAAGGAUGACAAAAAACCUUCUGAGAAUGCAACAGAAAGAAAUUACUGGGGUGUGUUCCGAUCCGAGAUUAGCAAUACUGGCAUUGUGCCUGUGCGUGUAACCCCAGAUAACAUUGAUGCGUUCACCCCGGAAGCUAUUAACGCCACCACAGUAGCUGUCGCUACUAUUCGGCAGAAAUCAGAGAUCGGUGAUACCCGUGUUGAAGCACAGUAUCGGCACAUUGAGAUUUUUUAUUCAGCAGGAGGGCAAGAACCCACACAAAUCACUCAAAAUGUCAGACCAAAGGGUGACCAUUUCAACCCCUUUGUGAUAGGUGGUGGGAUUCAUGGGAAGCGUAUUGGCUACCAUUGUUGCAUCAGUGACCCUCUCGAGGAGGAAGAAGAGAUCAAAAGACAGUUUCAAAUCAUCACUUCUCCAGAUCCAGAUGUAGGACUGUUCAGGGUGGGAGGAGGAUUCCCAACAUUUUCCAAAAGCGGAAACAGACUUGCAUUUGUUGACAAUCAUUUCAAGACUGUAUAUGUACUUGACAACGAAAAGCUAUAUGAAGCUACGGAGCUAACUCCAAACAGCAUCUUCUCGCCAGUUUGGAACCAAAAUGAUAGAUUGGACACACUUUAUGUAUGCAUAGGACCUUCUUUCAGCCCUGAUGCAACGGUAGAAAUCUACGCUGUCCGAAAUGUAUCUGGUGGUAAAAGGCAACUUCAACCUCUCACAGAUGGCGGGUUCUACAAUGCCUUCCCAUCCAGCAGUCCAGACGGGACAAGAUUGGUUUAUCAAUCGACAAGAGACGGAUACAAGAAUCUGUACAUAAUGAACGAAGCUAAAGGAGCAGUUAAAGGAGUUGAACCUGAAAGGCUCACGAAUGGAGAUUGGACUGACGCACAAUGCCAAUGGUCUCCUAAAGGAAAUUGGAUAGUAUUCUCAUCAAACCGCGACAAGCCUCCAGGUGCACCAAAAAGAGAUGAUGGUCUUGACCGAACAUAUUUUGCAGUGUAUCUAGUGGAUCCGGAUAAUAAGGAUGUGGUUGUAAGAGUGAUUGCAAGUGGAAAUGAUUUUGGGGGGCAUGUUAGCUACCCAUUCUUCAGUCCAGAUGGACGUAGCAUUGUUAUUACUUCAGAUCUUGGUGCAGCUUCUGUUGAUCCCAUAUCUUUGCCGAUCAUUACCCACUCAGCCAGGCCUUAUGGAGACAUCUUCACAGUCGACAUUGACACGGAUGACAUAGAAAAUAACAAAGAUUUGAGGAUGUGCAAACGCCUCACACACAGUAGAUAUGGGAAUUCAACGGGUUCCUGGAUCGGUUCCUCACCUGGUGCCACGAGAGCAGCUCGAAAGCUUCUUCGAAAGAAAGAUUUCGCAAGAGCACUCCCUUGUCCAUAUCUUGGUGGAGAAGAAGGUUCACAAAUGACCGGCCACCCCGUCUUUCCAAACGAAUGUGACUGAUUAGUGAUUACCAUUGUGUUCUGCUUCUAUAUUAUUUCUUUUCGUCCUUUCAUUCAUGUUAUGAUUGUCAUUUGAUAUUUGCAAUGUGUAAACCCCACCGUUGAUGUGUACAGUCCAUCUAUUUGAAAGCUAAUAAUAGUUCUCUAUUUUAUGUUCU